UUGAUGGGACCUUCAUUGCCAAAGACAUCGAUGUGCACCAAUUUGUUGAGGAUAUCAGGAGUAACAUGAAAAGUAAUCCUGGCACAGGAAGCUGUGGAGCCAGUCAGUGGUCUGCUGCACGUGAGACUGCCAGACGAGCAAACAAGCUGGAUGAAGAGGGCCUUGAGGUGGCUGUUUGCAGACACGGAGUGCUACUCAAGGCCCUCAACAUGUAUAGAGGGGAAAUAUUUGCAUAUCCACUGUUCCUGCAGAAGGAGCUUCAGGCAGCCACCAAUGGGCAGUUCUAUUGCACAGACAUAGCGUGCAAGUAUUGGCCCUACCUAGAGAAAAUGGCAGUCUCCAUGUUGAAACUCAAACCUCUUCUUCAGAUGAAGCCAUUCCUGUCUGUAAUGCAUACCAAGGCCCAUUCAACCAAGUGUGAGAUAGUCUGGAGUGGAAAAAACCAGGAGGGUGCUGGCACAACUGCAGGGGAGGAGGUCGAGAUGGUAAACAGCUACCUGUCUCGUUGUGCCCUCACAACAAAGUACAUGACCAAAUCAGCUCGGAAUGACAUGCAAUUGGGUGGAACCGACGGAAGCAGGAUGGCCUUCAUCUUGCAUUAUCCCGCAGAUACAUCAAGACUUUCCAAAAGGCAGAAUCUGAGGCUCAGAGAAUGGUGGCUCUGACCAGUGAGCUUGGGUGUCCUGAGGACAGCGUGCAGCAGUGGGUGCAUGAUGUUACACAGUGGGCUACUGAUGACAGCAACAAAAUUCGCCACUUGUGACGAAGGAAAUUGGGGGAUGAGAAGAGAACUCUUCGAUUCAAUCAAGUGCUACAAUGAACAGGUGCCAGAUGAGGAACGCAUCGCCGAGGAGAAGGUGGAGAAUGGACUCUCUGUGGUGGGAGGAGACAGUGGGGCAGACAGUCUCAUAUGGCCAUGGGAAGUGAACAACAGUGAAUCCAGCAACAUCCUCACCAAAAAGAAAAUCUUUGACGUGUACAUGUCUACACUGAGGCUCCAAGAGGAAAAGAUCAUUUUGAUGAGGGAGAUGAGACAGCACUGCACCUAUCUUGGAAGGCUGGCAGAGAGCAUUAGGGCAAUAACAUCAGAGAUGUCUUCUGGCAGAAACAGUGACGGUUUAAGUGACGAGGGUCAUCGAGGGCUACUGUGUCUUCUGAAGAAAAAACUUGCAGAUGUGCAAGAGAGGUUCCAGGCUGUGUGCUUGAGUUACAGCCAGGCUUUAGGACCAAGUGCUGCUUCUCUCCUUGAGGACGUGCCCGAGGAGAUACUGGGGGAUCCUAUAGAGGUUCAUCAUGAGAGCUCCGAUGACAGUGAUGAACAUGUGUAAAUAUGUGGAUGUGUAAAUAUGUGGAUGUAUGUGUACGUUUCCUAUUACUUUGCCAACAAAAGGAAUUAAUUUAGUGCGAACUGAACAUCAGCUCCCUCACCAAGAAAGAGGAUGUACUUCCUACGGCAGCUGAAAAAAAUCUACCUGCCAAAGACAAUGAUGGUGCACUUCUACACAGCCAUCAUUGAGUCCAUCCUCACCACCUCCAUCACCAUCUGGUACGCUGCUGCCACUGCCAAGGACAAGAGCAGACUGCAGCGCAUCAUCCGCACUGCUGAGAAGGCUGCAAUCUGCCUACCCUCGAGGACCUGCACAACUCGAGGACCCUGAGGCGUGCGAGAAAGAUUGUGGACGACUCCUCCCACCCUGGACACUGUUUCAGCCACUCCCCUCCGGCAGAAGGCUGCAGUCCAUCAGGAC